AUGAGGUCGAACUCUUUCUUGCGCAAGUCGCAUGCGUGGCUCAGACAGACUUCGACUGGCGCUUACCAUAAUACACCAUUAACUAGUUCGCGGUCCCUGCGAUACAAACGCCUUGGAUUUUUGGCAAAUGCACCCUCCUUUAACCGAUCAUUGUCGUCAACUGGAUUACCUUCAGGUCAUGAAACUAACGCAUGGUGUACAGAAGAAAUCAAUGGAGCAGCAGAGGAAUCUUCAGUCGAGCCUACACCCCCGAAAGACUCCGCCGUUGAGGACCUGGAGAAGACAAUUCUAAAACCUAGAAGAAUACGAACUAGCACAUCCUCUCCCGGGAGUCCAAGGGAAGGGGACUCUGUUCAACUUCCAGCGGGACUAGAUGCUGAAAUUCUCUUUGCGCCAACCCAGAGUCAGAUGGAUGCGGGUGACAAAGAUGCACUUCCCCCACCCGAAAUAUUCAAUGAAGCAUUGGACAACCUCAUGAUUACCCUCCACCCUCAGAAUCAACAUAGAGCAAUGCUUGCGUCUGGACCCUCGACUCGACCCAUUGAACCGACUCUUGGACUUUAUUGUCCAAUCGAGGGAGGGGACUACGUGAUUGAUAAUACUGUUCGGGAGCUUGCAUUUCGAACGGGUUCCGAGGUCCUGGUGCUCGAUAGUGUACAGCUAGCAGCUGGGGAAUGGGGAGCGUUUGGAAAAGGUGCAAGCGCGUUGAAUCUUCCGGAUAAUCCACUACAUUUUGCCUCACCGCCAACCUCAUCACUGGCGAACCGUACCCGGAAGGCAAAAGAAGACCGAGAAGAUGAUCUUGAGGAAGAUGAAGGGUCACAGCUUAUGUUUGCGGCACCUACCAAGGUGUCCUUUACUUUGCCGAAAAUCUUGACCUCUGCUGUUGGUCGCAAUCUGUUGGCCCCAAAUUCACGGAAACCAUCUUCCCCAUCAAAAUUAGAUACCUUCUUUGAAAGUCUUGUCAAUAUGCCACUACCUGCAGAAGAACUUGGAGAAUCAUCACUUACUGUGAAAAACCGUCCACGCCUCAUCUACAUUCGCGAUUUUCCGACUUUAGCACCAUCUUCCUCAACAUGGUAUCCCUCUCUACUCGCGGCUGUGCGACAGCGACGAAAGAAAAUUUUGUCCCGUAUCUCUAAUACGACUUCAUCCCCAGUGACAAUCAUCUUUGGUAUGACACCGUCGGUCACACACCCCUCAAGUAGCGGAGCAGCGGGAUUCAACGGCAGUAAUUUCAUAAAUCUACUCAAUAGUCGCCCCUUUGCCAACCCUUCAAGCCCUUCACAAAUGACACCCGCAGGAAAAGCAGAAAAUGCAUUUGAUUGGAGUGAAAGUGAGGUUGCGGAGGCUGCAAGGGAGAAAAGGCUCCGUUCAAGACUACGCAAAUGGGCAAAGAAUACGAGCUCUUUGCAUGAUGAAUUCCCUAGUUUAUCGGACUCCCCUGAGGGCGAUAACUCCUCAAAAUCGGGCAUCGUGCUCAUCGGUGGACCGGAUUCUCAAGUUUCUUUGCCUCACAUGCUAAACUUGGACCUCUCCUCAGAACCGUCAAGCGAAUCCAAUUCGCGGUUCUUCCGGGCAUCUGUGCUUGUUCCAAGCUCACGAUCAAUAUCCAAAGAACGGGAAAUUCGCAUUGCCAGGAGACGAGAAAUCAAUGAACUUAUUAUGCGGAUGGGAGUCGGUGCAAUUGGCGGCACAAUAGAAGCGACACCAGCUUCCUCUGAAUUUGCUUCAUUGGAUUCUGCAGGAGCUCCAUCUUCGGAUUCCGCAAUUUCUGGUUCUUCGACGUCGAAAACAUCAACAGGAUCCAUUUGGGAAACCUGGGGAAAUAAGGUCGAAGUCUGGUCUGACGUUCGUAAAAUCUCUGAUCGGGCUAUGGGGAGUGUUCUGGCCUCUCAGACUUCUUUCAACGAUCAUGAAAAGGUCACAUUAGCACCCACUAUCAUACCAUGGUCGGCAAUCCGAAGUGCGUGGAAGUCGUGCUAUUCUAUGAACGACACAAAGAGGGACUGGAUGAAAGAUAUAAUGGGUAGUCUUGUGGACCGUGAUGAUGUCGAAGGAGAACAAGAAAAGGUAGAAAAUGCUGGAACCGAAGGGGAUAAGGUUGUCGAAAGCCUCAAAAAUGACCCUGAACUUGACCAACACGAAGCUCGAUUAUUGCCUUGCAUCGUUGAUUCUGGGUCAAUAACGACGACAUUCAAACAGGUCCACCUACCCAGUCAUACAAUCGAUUCGAUUCGCACGAUUGUAUCACUACCGCUGCUUCAUCCUCACGCGUUUCAGCAAGGUAUUCUCAAGGAACAUACAAUGACUGGUUGUCUUCUCUUUGGACCUCCAGGAACAGGAAAAACUUUGGCCGUUCGUGCUCUUGCCAAGGAAGCAGGAUGUCGCAUGCUUGCAGUGUCUCCAUCGGACGUCAUGGAUAUGUACGUCGGAGAAGGCGAAAAGCUUGUGAGGGCAGUUUUUGCUCUUGCCCGAAAACUUUCUCCUUGUGUCGUGUUCUUGGAUGAAAUUGACGCUUUGUUUGGUGCUCGCAUGUCUGCCCGUGAUAGUGGAAGCGCCUUCGCUCACCGAGGUAUCAUCACGGAAUUCAUGCAGGAAAUGGAUGGCCUCAAGUCUUCCAAAGAGGAUAACGUUAUUGUCAUUGGCGCCACCAACAGACCCUUCGACCUUGACGAUGCAGUACUUCGUCGUCUCCCUCGCAGAUUGCUUGUCGACCUUCCUGGCGAAAAAGAGCGCAAAGGUAUCUCACAUCUUUUAAUAUUUUCAUCUAGGUCUGCUGACCUAUCGAUAUCUGUAGAAAUCUUGAAAAUUCUCCUCCGAGAUGAAAAUCUGGCUCCUGAUCUCAGCAUCGACGCCCUGGCAAAGCAGACUGACGGAUUUUCUGGAUCGGACCUCAAACACCUGUGUGUCUCAGCAGCUUUGGAUUCAGUCAAAGAGCAUAUGCAACUGCCUUGGGUAUCGAGGCAUAAUGUAACUGCAAUCAGUGUGACAACGAAGCGCUCCGUUCCUCUGGAUGCCGUUCAAUCAACCCCUCAGACCGACUUGCUUCCCGACUUACCGGCUCCCCUUGAUAUCUCUCCUACGAUCCCAUCCGACGAAUUAGUCGCGCCUACUGAGGCGCAGGGCGUUCGUACACAAGAGAUUUUACCUACACCCACCCAGGAACCAGUGCUGGAGAGUACCGCGGAGACACUGCAUGCGACUCCAGGAAUUGUCGAGAAGACACGGACUCUUCAUCUUCACAACUUUACUCAAGCUCUGAAGGAGAUUACACCUUCGUCUUCUGAGGCUUUGGGAAGCCUCGCUGAUCUGAGGAAAUGGAAUGACGAGUUCGGUGAAGGUCGCAGAGAUAAAAAGAAACAUCAGGUUUGGGGCAAGGGACGUUUUGGGUUUAUCAACAAUCAUCUGGAUAAACCUGGCGACAGUAGGGUAUCCAAGGAGUAA